UAUUGACUCUUGGAUGGACUGGACAGCUUUCAGCUCUUCUUUUCAUAUAGGACGUAGACCUCUAGAAGAGAUUCGUUUUUACUGAACUUACUCAAAAUAUUAUCGAAUUAUAAAUACAAUUUAAUUAAUUUCUGGACUAAUUUGCAUAUAUUUACAAAUGACGCACAAAUUAGCAGGUCUCAUUACACUCGUGAUCUCAAUUGGACUACUACUGAUAAAACCAUGUCCGGGUUCACCUGCUCUUGCAACUCGUGGUUCUUCUGAUGUGCUGAUUAAAAAGGCAUCCCCACCGGUUGUAAAUCUCUACUAUGAAAGUCUUUGUCCAGGAUGUCGAGCGUUUGCCAAAGAACAGCUCUGUCCCACCUGGGAAAAGAUGGGGGAUUAUUUCCUCAUCGAAUACGUCCCCUAUGGAAAUGCUAAGACGAACGUGUCAUCCAGUGGAGAGAUUACGAUAAGCUGCCAACACGGGGAUGACGAAUGUGCUGGGAAUCGCCUCCAUUCCUGCGCCCUUCACGUCCUGCAUUACAAGCUCUCCACCAAGUUCAUCUGCUGCAUGGAGUCCUCCGAGGACUUUGACAAGGCCGGACCAGAAUGCGCCAAGAAGCUUCACAUCGACUUCAAGGCUCUCAAAACGUGUGCCGACAGUUCGGAGGGGAAUUACCUUCACUACUUGAAUGGCGUCCAGACGUCGAAACUCGACCCCCCGCACGAGUGGGUCCCCUGGAUCCUGUUCAACUCCAAGUACAACAAGGAUGACAUGGCCAAGGCGCAGGAUGACCUCGUCUCCGUCCUCUGCGAAUACCUCUCCGAUCCCAAACCGCACGAAUGCAAUGAGGUGUAAAAAGAAUUUGUUGUAUCAUGUUUUGUUAUCUUGAUUAAAAUUUUGAAUUUUUGCAACUUUAAUAAAUUUUUCCUGAAGUAAUUUAA